AUGACAAUCAAGUUUGUGGUCAUCCUCUUUAUACUUCUGCUCGUUCAAGGUGCUCGUUCUGAUCCACUGGAAUAUGGCGACGACGAUGAAGAUCACCAUGAUACCACUGUCAAUCAAAUGCUGGUUCCCAGGUCGCACCAGGAGGAUGCCACUCUGAUACUGAACAAUCUGCUGAAGGAAUAUGACAAGACGCUUCGGCCAGACAUUGGAGUGAAACCAACAGUCAUCGAUGUGGGCAUAUAUGUCAACAGCAUCGGGCCUGUGUCAUCCAUCGAUAUGGAGUACCAGAUCGAUAUUAUCUUCGCCCAGACCUGGGUGGACACCCGUCUGCGGUAUAACAGCAGCAGCAUGCGGAUUCUAACCCUCAACAGCAAUAUGGUCGGCUUGAUCUGGCUGCCCGACACCAUCUUUAGGAAUUCCAAGACUGCCGACUCUCACUGGAUAACAACACCCAAUCAGCUGCUCCGGAUCUGGAACAACGGAAAAAUACUCUACACGCUGAGGAUGACCAUCAACGCAGAAUGCCAGCUGCAACUACAUAAUUUCCCAAUGGACGAACACUCCUGUCCUCUCGUCUUCUCCAGCUACGGCUACCCGCGGGACGAGAUUGUGUACAAGUGGAGGCGAAACUCAGUGGAAACUUCAGACCAGAAAUACUGGAGGCUUUACCAGUUUGAUUUCAUGGGGCUCAGAAACACCACAGAUGUGCUCUCGACGACAGCAGGUGACUACGUGUUGAUGACAGUGUACUUCGAUCUUAGCAGAAGGAUGGGCUACUUCACUAUCCAGACCUACAUCCCCUGCAUCCUGACUGUGGUCCUCUCCUGGGUCUCCUUCUGGAUCAAGAGCGACGCUACGCCUGCAAGGACGGCCUUAGGUAUCACCACGGUGCUGACCAUGACCACGCUGAGCACAGUGGCCAGAAACUCGCUACCCAGAGUGUCCUACGUGACGGCCAUGGACCUGUUUGUCACCGUCUGCUUCCUGUUUGUCUUCGCUGCCAUGAUCGAGUACGCGAUGCUCAACUACUACUCCUACAGUAUACGCAGACCUCCUGCUAAGACGCAGAGAAUGGCCUACUCAUCUUUCAACAUGAGUCGCAACCCUCGGACCAUGAUGCCCAUGGGAAACUCCCUCUUCUGGCACGACUACGACGACAACUGUCUGUACGAAUGCCUGGACGGGAAGGACUGCAAGAGCUUCUUCUGCUGCUACGAGGAGUGUAAAGAAGGCGGCUGGAAGAAAGGAAAGAUCCACGUCAACAUCAGCGAGCUGGAUUCCUACUCUCGGGUUUUCUUCCCCACGUCCUUCUUGCUCUUCAACAUCGUCUACUGGGUCAGCUACCUCUACCUCUAG